AUCUGUCAGUUGUACCCAGGAAAGUAUCGGGUCAAAAAACAAAUAAAAAACACAGAAUCACAGAAAACAUAAUAGUGCCUGUUCUGUGUAAAAGAAAGUACCAUUUUCCCACAAGUACUAACAAUUGACAUCAGGGAAGGAAAGCAAAUACCUUUCUUCCUAGGUCAUUCCAGAAUGGACACAGAUUGAAGUGAAGUUGCACUCACAAAGCAACUUAUUCAGUUCUGCAGCUCUGCUAAAACUAUUGACAAAUAUCACAACUUGGUUAAAAUCAAGAGCAUCAGCAUCAAUCUUGCAGUAUACGGAAGAUUACCUAUGCACUGUUGCACACUGAAAUUUCGCCAAAUAUGCUUAGUGUUGCAAAAACCCCUAUUUUCCCCUCCGCCUUAUAUGUUAUUGCCCUGGAAAAUGGAAAAGGAAAUAACACAACUCACUAUGUGCUACACAAGCAAUACACCGAGAAAAAGCAUGAAUUCCAUGACACAGACUUCGUGUCCCCACAGACUCCAACUUAGUUACGGAUCAAUCUCCGAAUCAAAUACAAAUCAAUCUCCGAAUCGAAUAUAGAACAUCUUAAUAUAUACAGCGAUGGGACUUCUUCACCAAAAGAAACCAUUAUAUAUACAACGACUUCACCAAAAGAACACCUUAAUAUUUACAACGAUAAGACUUCUUCACCAAAAGAAUCUGGUAGGUCAGGGACAUCAAGCAUUGUCCAGUUUCAAUCUGUCAGGUGCUCUGACAGGGCAGGGACAUCAAACAGGGCAGUGACAUCAAGCAGAUUCGUGUAAUAUUAAUCUGUUAGGUGCUUUAGUAUUCUACUUUUCUGACAAGUGUUUCCGUAUUCUACAUUUGUACACCCAAAGAUCUGAGCAGUGCUUUCGUCUUAUAUCCAUUGUGUGUUUUCUUGAUGUUUUUUUUAUACCUGAAGUUUCAGUUCACAAGUUGCAAUGAUGUACAAACCUUUAAGUGAAAUUAGACCAGGAAAGGAGCUAUGGAAAAUCAAAGCAAGGGUAACAAGACUAUGGGAUGCUAUCUUGCUCAGUAGUGGUGAACUUUUAAGUGUUGACAUGAUCCUUAUUGAUGAAGAGGGUACCAUGGUGCACGGAGUUAUCAAUAAGGCAGUUAUGGAAAAAUUCAAAUCUUUGAUUCAAGAAAAUAAUGUUUACGUCAUAUCGAAUGUUAAAGUGACACCAGCAACGAAAACAUAUCGACCAGUGGAAAACGACAAGGUAGUGAACUUCUUGACCACAACUACUAUGCAGAAGAUCAAAGAUAUAGAUGAGAUUCCAAGAUAUAGUUUCAAGUUCUUCAACACAGAUAUGCUUUCCAAAAGAAUCAACAACGACACUUACCUGUCAGAUGUUAUAGGAGUUGCAUCAUACAUUGGUCCAGUUGAAGAAACCAAGACACAAUUUGGAGUAUCCAAAAUCCGUGAUAUUGUGCUCCUAAUCGAUGAUCAAGAAAUCAAAGUUAGAUUGUGGAAUUCCAAAGUUGACUUAGUCGAUGCUAAGUCGAAAUCUCAUGUUAUCGUAAUAACAUCUACAACCGUGAAGAAAUUUGGCAAAUAUUCUCUAUCAUCAACCAACGCAACACAAGUUUUUAUAGAUUUACCUAUUCCUGAAGCUAUGGAUGUACAAAACAGUAUAUGUUCAAUUGAAAAUGUUACCAAAGAGAUACAUACAGAGGGCCAUCUAAAAGGGACAUUAGAGGAGCAAAUGCAGUACAAUAGAAGAACUUUGGAAGAAUUAAAUUUGAUUCUGUUCGACUCAUCAAAUGAGGAAAAGAUAUUUACUGUUGAAGCAACAAUUAAUGCAGUUAAUGCAAAAUAUGGUUGGUACUACAUCUCAUGUAGUGAAGAUAACUGCAAGAAGCAACUUGACAAGAAUUAUGAUCACUACUUCUGCAAGAAAUGCAACAAAAAGGCUCAUCCUAAAACACGAUACAAAAUUAAGAUUGAAAUAAGUGAUUCAACAGCAAGUGCAACUAGCGUACUUUUCGACAAGGAAGCUCAGAUGCUAAUUAAUGAAUCUGCAGAUUUCUUGAUUUCCUCGAUCAAUCAAGAUAAUAUGGAGCUCCCAAAAUCAGUUGAAAAAAUAUGUGGACAAAAGCUAAUUUUUCAGUUCAGAUUGACAGAAUACAAUUUUAGAAGUUGUAGACCUGACUAUACUGUUUCAAGGCUGUUUCUUCCAGAUGUAAAAAGCAAUCCAAGAAUCAGAACUGAAAACGUCAAAGAGAAAAAGCCAUAAGAACCGGAGAAAGAUUAGCCAAGAAAAUUGAUCGGCUAGAAGAUCAAAUAAAUAAACAAAGACCUAAGAGAGCAAUCAAAGCCAACCCAAAGUAUGCAGACAUUUCUUAAA